AUGUCGGCAAAGUAUGCCAACUUGGGAGCUACGUUGAAUGACGCAUACAUGGUGAAAAAUUUGUUCGACACUGUGCCUACUCAGUAUUACCAGGUUAUCGCCGGAAUCGAACAAUUCUAUGAUCUUCCCACCAUGCCUUUCGAAGAAGCCGUUAGACGUCUUAAAACAUUCGAGAAGCGCAUCCGGCAAACAACACUUAGCGGAAAAAGUGGCAGUCAGCUACUCAAGGAAAAGGAGCCCGCACUUUUACUGUCAGCUGCGGCAAAAAGAGAAAAUCGAGCUCUAUUAAGCAAGGAACAAACAAAUGCUCGAACAAAGGACGGAGAUGGACCCGAAGGUGACACUUGGUACUUCGACAAUGGAGCAAGUAAUCACAUGACUGGAGAGCGCAAACACUUUCGUCACCUGGAUGAAUCGGUGCAAGGAGAAGUAAAAUUUGGGGCUGAAUCCAAAUUUCAGAGUAAAGGAAAAUUAUUGUACUAUUCGAUUUCAAGGGCGACAAGCAGUGAUUACUCGAUGAGGGAACAAACUAGUGAUGGAAGAGGAGCAUCUAUGGAUAUACAACUCGAGUGGGAUCCUGACCAUGAAGAUCAAGGAUGGUUGUGGAAUGCUCGGCUCGGGCAUGUCAACUUCGAGGCCUUGAGAAAGCUAAUAGAAAAGAAAAUGGUGAUUGGUGUACCACUGAUCACACGUCCGAAUCAGCUAUGUCAAGGAUGCCUUAUCACUAAGCAGCCACGACAGCCAUUUCCAACACAAACACGGUAUCGAGCAAAGAAAGCACUUGAGCUUCUACACGCCAACCUCUGCGGACCAAUCACUCCCUCAAAACAGCCGAGUUUUAUGAUCAGAUCGAAGGACCAGGCGUGUAGCACAUUCAAAAAUUUCAAACAGCAAGUGGAGACUGCCAGCGGGUACCGAGUCAAAAAAUUGAGGACCGAUUAUGGCGGGAUUCAAAGACAUCUGACCGCUCCCUACACGCCACAACAUAAUGGAGUAGUAGAGCGCAGAAACCAGACAGUGAUGGUGAUGGCAAGAUCACUCCUAGAAACUAUGCAUGUCCAAAACGAGUUAUUGAGGGAGGCCAUGAGACAUGCAGUGUACAUUCUGAAUCGACUACCAACAAAGGCACUCGAGAUUGCACACCAUUUGAGAUAUGGUGCGGAACGAAGCCAAACCUCACUCAUCUAA